AUGAAGCCUCUGCCUCUCUCUCUCGUCCUCUGGCUGAUAGCCUUACAAUCGAAUCUCUCACUUGCCUACUGGCGCAUGGCAUGCAGCGUCUCUCAAACAGCGAGAGUCGACCCCAUCCUCAAUCCUGGCGAAGUCUCCGCGCACGCCCACAAGUUCGCCGGCGGAAGCAACGUCAACCAAAACUCCGACUUCACUUCUCUUCAAUCUUCAACUUGUUCCUCCUGCGAGGUCCAGAAGGACACCUCGGCUUACUGGACCCCGCAGUUGUAUUACGCCCACGCCAAUGGCGAUUUUGAGGAAGUGCCAAAUUACGGAAUGACUGUGUACUACGUCGGACGUGGUGGAAAUGCAUCCAAUACUGUUCCAUUCCCUGCUGGGUUCAAAAUGAUCUCGGGAGAUACUCGCCAGCGGUCAUACGACACCUCAACCUUGACAUAUCUGGAAACCCGGCCUGUAGCCGACAGGGUAAGUUUCCGCUGCAUCAAUGAAGCUAACGAUAUUCCAGAAACACAUUACAUCUCGCAGACCGACUGCGUAAAUGGUCUACGAGCUCAAAUCAACUUCCAAUCCUGUUGGGACGGGGUCAACACUUACCUCGACAACUCCGCCCAUGUUGCUUAUCUAUCCGGCAUUGACUACGGCGUCUGCCCUCCUACACAUCCUGUUUCUAUCCCAGGUCUCUUCUUUGAGGUUUUGUACUUUACCAAUUUAAUCGAUCAAUCAAGUGGUGGCGAGUUUGUCUUCGCCAAUGGCGAUCCCACCGGCUAUGGGUUCCACGGUGACUUUCUCAAUGGUUGGGAUAUGGACGUACAGACCGCCGCAGUGGAAAACUGCCUCUACACCGACAAUGGCGGAGUCAUCAGUGCAUGCUCAUAUCUCACUGAGAGUGAUGAUGUCAACUUUUCUCGCACCUGUCCUGAGCAGCCAUCGGUGCUUGACGAGCCCAUCCAUGGCAACAUCAGUGCUCUGCCAGGGUGUAAUCCCAUAACCCCUGGCCCUGGUCUGGCUGAGCCACUGUACUACGUCCACAACUGUCGGAAUCUCUGGGACGAGCUCAACCGCGGCAACGACAUCAACUAG